AUAUAUGUACGAAAGAGAAAAUAAGAAAAUGUAACGAACGGUCUUCAUCUUAUGUAAAGAUACCUUGAUAGUGUAGACAGAUAUCUAUCCGAGGUCAUGUACAGUUUACGUACCGUCAUGGUAACGAUAGCGAAAGGUUUGGAAUCGAGAAUAAAAUUAUCUGAUGGUAAUUCAAUGCCAAUGUUUGGCCUUGGUAUGUUUAAUACUAGUGGUAAUGAAGCUGAGAAAGCAGUAGUAUAUGCUUUGUCACAAGGAUACAGAUUGAUUGAUACAGCUGAAAUUCAUGGGAUCGAAGAAGAGAUAGGAAGAGGUAUUGAGAUGUCUGGCGUAGACAGAAAGGAUAUAUUUGUUGUGAACAAGCUGUCUGAAAAUGGUUACGAUAGAUGUAAACAAGUGUUCACGGAAAGCCUAAGGAAAAUGAAACUGGAUUACAUAGAUUUGUAUUGUAUUCAUAAUCCUGCAAAAGGAAAAAAUGUGGAAACCUAUAAGGCUAUGAUAGAACUACAGGAACAGGGAAUGAUAAAGUCUUUAGGUGUCAGUAACUUUGGUGUUCACCAUCUAGAAGCUUUAAAAUCUGCCGGACUUCCAACACCAGUGAUCAACCAGAUAGAGCUCCAUCCAUGGCAACAAAAAACAGAAAUUGUCAACUAUUGUCGUGCUAAUGGUAUAACAUUGAUGGGAUACUCACCUCUAUGUAAAGGCAGAAAAUUCAACGAUAAGCUAUUGGUAGAUAUUGCAGAAAGAUAUAAGAGGUAUGUACCUCAGAUUUUGAUUCGAUGGAGCGUUCAGCAUGGUUUCGUUACAAUACCAAAAUCCUCUGAUCAAAGACAUAUAGAAACAAAUGCCGAUGUGUUCGAUUGGUCUUUAAAGGAAGAUGACAUAGAAUUGAUGAAAACAUUUACAGAUGAAUAUUGCACCUGGAACCCUUGCGUUUCUCCAUGGAACGGAUAAAUAAUCUGCAAUCAUGCCAACAGUUAAACUGCUGGUCUGAUGAUAUUCGCUAAGGUUGUUUUUUCAUCACCAUUGGUACGAACCUAUUAAAAGUAACAUUAAAGAUGAACAUUUGAGUAACAAUUUGAACAGAGGACAACACAUGUAAUCUUGUUAACGGUAAAUAUCAGGGACUACAUAAAAUCGACGUCUAUAUGUUGUUAGAACAUCAGACCUUCUAAUUUUGGGUAGUUUCCUUAAUCUAAAGUUUACAAGGAUAUAUAAGUUAUAAAAACUUAUGAGAUGGUGGCUAAGUAACAGAACAUCAUCAGUAUAUUUUAAAGUUAUAUUAAAGACUUAAGCAAGA